AUGCGGCGUACCGGCUCUGCCUGGGCUGGAGCCAUGGAGGUGACCUUCCCAGAGACGGCCCUGCCCCUCCAGAUCUUCGAGGCCCGAUACAGGGUCCUGUUCUCGACCCUUCUUGCCGGGGCAGAUGGACUAGAGGAGGGACUUAUCUCAGAGGACAAGCCAUGGGUGGGCACCCGUCGAUUCGGAACCACCUUUGUCCUUGAGGAUGGCAUAUCUUCCGUGGGAACGCUGCUGGAGAUUACUCGGCACCGCCGGCUGGACGACGGCCGCAUCCUGAUCAGCACAAAGGGGCGCCAGCGCUUCAAGAUCUUGAAGGUCGUCCAGCAGCAGCCCGUCAUCGUCUGUGAAGUAGAGUACUUUGCAGAGGAGGAGGUCAACUCGGAUGCGGCAGCCAGCGCUGCAAAGGAUGUGGUGGACCUCUUCAAGUCCAUGUCUGAGCUGGGCGGCAAGCUGGGGACCAUCCGGAUACCAGAUGAGCUGCUGCUCAAGCUGUGCACGCUGAGCCCCGCCUCGCUGUCCCUGUGGGUGGCCUCCCUAUUUCCUGCCUUCCCGGAUCAGCAGCAGAUUGUGCUGCAGCAGGAGGACGCCAUGGUCCGGCUGAACAUGGUGCGCGACCUACUCAGCCAGGUGGUCAAGUUCUACCAGGCGGAGUGGGCGGUGCGCAGCGCGUUUGGCGCGCCCGAGGGCCGGGCCGGGUCGCGGAGCGGGCUGGUGGGGCCGCAGUGGGACGUGGACGAGGAAGACGAUGCGCUGGGGGGCGGCGACAGCUCCUCCGACGAGGACUGA